UGUGAAUGACAGGGUAGGUGAGGACCUGAACGUCAAUUUAGUAGCAUAAAUUCGUCGAAACAUCAUUAUAAAAAUGUUCUCCAGAGCCGCACUCCUUACAGCCCAGCGCCCAUUGAGCUUGGUGGCCAGCCGCUCGGCAGCUGCCGCCGCCGCCCAGCCUGCCAGCGGAGCUGUUGAGCGCCGCCAGCGUCCCGAACAUCCCGGCAAGGUGCGUCUGGGCUUCAUUCCAGAGGAAUGGUUCCAGUUCUUCUAUAACAAGACUGGUGUGACUGGCCCCUACACAUUCGGCGUGGGUCUGAUCACCUACCUGUGCUCCAAGGAAAUCUACGUGAUGGAGCACGAAUACUACAGCGGUCUGUCGCUCGGUAUCAUGGCCAUUAUUGCGGUCAAGAAACUGGGUCCAGCUGUUGCUCGCUGGGCUGAUGGUGAAAUCGAUAAAAUCGAAGGCGAGUGGAAGGAGGGUCGUGAGGCUGAGCUCAAGGUGCUCGCUGAUGCCAUCGAGGCCGAGAAGAAGGAGCAGUGGCGUGCCGAUGGUGCCCUCUUGUUGAUGGAUGCCAAGAAGGAGAACAUUGCCCUCCAGCUGGAGGCUGCUUUCCGCGAGCGUGCCAUGAAUGUCUACUCUGAGGUCAAGCGCCGCUUGGACUAUCAAGUGGAAUGCCGUCAUGUCGAGCGUCGUCUCAGCCAGAAGCACAUGGUCAACUGGAUUGUGGCUAAUGUGCUGUCCAGCAUCUCGCCCCAGCAGGAGAAGGAGACGCUAAACAAGUGCAUUGGCGAUUUGACUGCCUUGUCCCUGCGCGUCAAGAACCCUGCCUAAACGACUCGAGUUAUAGUUUGUUAAAUUGAAAAUUACACACAAAAUGCGAGACGCAGCCAACAAACGGAAA